AUGCAAGUCUCCCUCUUCUACUCUAAAGCCUACAGCCCGCUCGAUGCCACGGAGGAGGUUUGGAGUUGGAACAUCAUGCGCCACGUGAGGCCUGCAGAUGCACCGGAAGGUCCUGCCUCAACGAGGCCGAUGCCGGGAAUGGAAGCUCUUCGUGCUCCAGUGAGCGCCAAGCUCUUCGCCUGCGCAAGGAUGACUUUGGUACGACUGCUUUGCUUGGCGCUGGCCGCUGGCUCCAUUGCUGUCGCUGUGGGCAUCUGUGACUUCGUGCUGAUCCGCCAAGACUACUUCAAGUUCACCAUGCUGCGGUAUAACUUUGCGCAAGACCUGAUCGGCCUCAUGAUAGCAGCAGAGAUCGUCGUCUUCAACGGCAUUCUCAAGAGGGCCUCGAUGGUUCUCACGCGGCUGGAGAAGCAUCGCAACCGCAUCGAAUUCGUGCGAGCCCAUUACCUCAAGGCCUUGUGCCUUCAAUUCAUUAAUUCGUGUGCAUCGCUCUUCUACAUCGCUUUCUACCCAGAUCGGUGGCGCUUGUCCUUGGCUGCCCACUUCUCUUGUACAUACUAUGCCGAUUCUUGGUGGAACCAGUGGGGCAGCACGUGCGCGAUGGCGCGCCUCAACAAGCAGCUCGCAGCCAUCCUCUUCGGUUUGUGCCUCAAGGCCGCCGUCGGCCAGCUGGCACUGCGCCUUCUCAGCCGCCGGGCCGUGAAGACGGCCAGCGAGAAGACGCAGAGAGAUCUUCCAGACACCUCAAGGAGGGGUGGUGCCCGACUUGUCGCUUACCUCGAUGAGGUCAUGGCUACGCCGAGGUGGGGCCAUCCUGAGGCAGAUUUCAACAUUGCGGGGUUCUGCUGCUUCGGCCGAAGCUGCGAGCAGGCGAUCGUAAUUGGCCUGCUGCUGCUGUUUGCCAUCGCAUCGCCCUGGAGCGGACUACUCGCCUUCGUGUUCUUGAACUUCUGCUUCUGGGCAGAUCGCCGCCUUCCUGACCGGGAGUCUAUGCCCUGGCGAGCCGGGAUGCCGCCCUGUCCGGAGCUGGACUUCUCAGCCGCCGGGGACUGGCUCCUCUUCAAUGCCAGCCGGGCCAUGUCAUGGCUUGCCGUGCCAGUCUUCGCAGCCCUCCUCGUGUGGCCGGCCCAGCUUGGGUCGGGUUGGCUUUGUGCGACGCUGCUGGGGCGUGAUGGUAGCUGGCAGGGCUCUGACUUGGGCCCCUUCGGCUUCUACGCGGUGGUUCUCUUCCUGGCACGAUGGCUUCCCGGCCUCAUGGUGAGAUAUGCUCCUCCUGCAAGCAGGCUACGAAUAGCCGAAGCUCGCCUGAGCCGGGCGGUGCUGAAAGCGAGGCACGACCUGCGAGGAGUUUCCACCGCUCGAAGUACCCGGCCGUGGCGCGGUCCACUGGGCAGUGACUUCCGUGUGAGGACACCGCACCAGUGGGAACAGCUGACUGCCAAAUUUAGCUGCUCGUAG